AUGCGUGGAGAGGGAGGUAUACUAGGUCGACUAUGGAUCACAGUGCUUGUUAGCAUUGCGAUGUUAUUGGUGAUGAAUGAUUGCAUCGCAGUAUCUAUUGGGUGGCAGGAUAGCGGUGGCUGCUUCAUUCAGGUUGCUAUUGGUGGCACCGGCAGCGAUUAUAAGAGAUGGAAAAUAAGAGAGAAAAAAGAUGGGAAGAGGAAAGAGAAGUUGCAUUUAAGUUGGAGAAGGGAGACUGGGAUAAGAGAAAGAAGAGAGAUAUCAGGAGACAUAAACACUAAGAAAAGAGCUAAGAGAGAUAACAGAAGUAUGAGGGAAAGAGAAUGUCAGCAAAGAUUGGAUUCAUCAAACUUAGUUAGGGAUGGGUCAAUGAAGUAUGGGGCUUGGUUGAGGGCUCCACUGGGUGGAGGGUUGAAGAAUGUAGUAGGUCUGAACGCCAGUGUGAACAAACUGCCGACGGUGGAGAAAAGUGAAAUUUCUCCGGCUAGCGAGCAAGAUUCACCGAAGAAGAUUUACCAAAAUGAGGCAGCGGUGAUCGAGCAGAGUUUCAUGGGUGUGACUGGCCCAAUCUCCGGAGAUGGAGGAAUAUCCAAUUCAAAGAAUAGUGUGACAAUUGAAGAUGGCAAGCUUAAGAAAGUUGAAGAUGCAAUGUCAGUCAUGGAAGGUAUUUCAACAGCAAUAAUCAUGGAUAAUAAUCAAAAGGAAAGGAAUGGAGUCUUAGAGAGAAACUAG